AUGUACUGUCCUAUGUGAUUCUAUUUUUUAUGAUUUUAUAAACAUGUAUCGUUAUAAACAAUUACGGUAUUUUUGCCUCCUAAAAGUUGCGAAAGUAAAAAUCAACGUUCAGUUGUCAAGGAACUUAAGUUGGAAAAUUUUCAUAGAAUAGAUUUCCCUUCGUGUCUUAUUGCACCUUAGGCAACUCAAAGAUCAUAACAAUGUGCUUGUAACUCGGGUUUCCGGAUCGGUUCGGGUAUAACCGGGUAUCCAAGAGUUUUCCGACCCGGGUAAAAAAAAACUUGAAAAACCCGGGUAGCCGGGUAUCAAUAAAAAUUAGGAAACUUAAUUUUUCUACUACUCCUGGCGCCUUAAAGAAAAGUUCAUAAGCAUAUUUUUUUGUGAGAAUGGCCCAAGAAACGUUGAAAAACUUUUUGCAGUGCUAAAAAAACAAUUUUUGAAAUUUGUUUUUAAAAAUUGUUGACGUUAUUUUGAGCCUGGUAACAUGCAUAAUCGUUAAACGAGAUCCUUUUUAAUAAGAGUUUGCAACAAAACCGAAUCAGAUUUUUUUUUCGAGCAGGUGCUUGAAGAUAUCUCCUGCACUAUACGUGUUCAAAAUCUUAGAAAUAAGAGUGUGGUCACUUGUCGUUCUUGUUUCAUUACUUGUUUACAUUUUUAUUCAGUUAUCAAUUAUGCAGAACAUACUUUUUUUACGAUAAAUAGGCUACUGGUGAUUAAAGCCAUUAAAUGUAAUAGGUUGGUAUAAAUUAUGGCAAUGCUGUUACAAGCAAACAUUAUUUAUUUAUUGCUUUUUAUAUAUGUACCUGCUGCAGGUAGAUUUUUGGAAAAAGCGACUUUUACCGAAGAGCUUGGUGGCAUUCAAAAAUCAAAGUCACACAGGUUUCCAGGAUUAUAUUUUAUUUGUCAAUCCACAUUAUGUUACUGUGUACGGUAUUUACAAACGCACCUCGGCUGAUGAACCGAAAAUUUGAAGUUUUCGUUGCAACGUCACAGGUCUUGAUUGUCACAAUCACCAUCGAGUCGACCUCGUUUAGCUGGUUUUGCCUUUAAAAUUACGCAUAGAAAACGAAGUUAAGAAGUUUAUUUAUGUAUAAAUAAAUAUUUGAAUGAACUCCCGGGUACCCGGAUAUUUAAAAAAAAAUAUCCAAUUCCCGGGUAUCAAAAAAACCUGGGUACGCGAAAACCCUUCCUGUAACCUCUUUAUAGCAAUCGCGGUUCAAAAAAGAAAUAGGCGCAAAUUGUUUAGUAGUCGCAAAUCACUUGCGAAUUUCCCAAUGUCAUGGUAUCGACUUAUUACUAAUUAGAAUAGAUUCACAUCGAACUGAUCAUUAGUCUAAUCUUUAAUCCCUUCUGUACAUCCUGUCCAAACAAUAAGCCAAUAAAUAUAGUAUUUUGUAUUCCAGAUCAUUUAUAAUAUGAAUAUGAUAUAGUCGCUUUCAAAUUUAACUAACAUAAAUAAACCAUCAGAAUUCAACUUCAAUACAAUAAUCAAUUUAGAUGUUUUUAAACAAUUAGUUUUAUGUUCAUUAGCAUUUCGUAGGUACCUAUGCAUGUACGCUGGAAAUUAUAAUAUGAAUUGGUCGUUACAUUUCUUUGAAUUGCCUGUAGUUAUAUGCAAAAUAUAGCAAAAUUUCAUACAUAAUUUGGUUCAUUGUCCAUUUAUGAAAAAAACGUAAUGUGAGAAAUUCUUUGGAUCACAAGCAGAUACAUUUUUACAGAAAUAAUUGGUGCGGUUAUAAAGCAUUCCAUGCAAUUUUAUUGAUUUCAGUCUCAUUUUGACGUCAAACUAUUCAUAUAUAUGCGGUAACUAGUAUUUCUAUUUUUAUACAAAUGUACAGGGUUUUCCAAAGUAUAAGUAUCUUUACUUAGAAUCAAAUACAACAGAAAUAAUCUAACGGGUGAGAACGCAAAGGUACAUUUUUCAUGAAAUUUUAUUAUAUACGUUUUCCAGUAUGAAGGAACGCCGUUCUAUCCAGAAAAUGACAGGUUUUGGGCAGUAAUCGAUAAGUACAAAGUAAACCAAUUUUACACAGCACCGACAGCCAUUAGGGCUUUAAUGAAGUUUGGAGAGGAUCUAGUCAAAAAGCACGACUUAUCAACACUUAGGGUAUUAGGAUCAGUAGGAGAACCCAUCAACCCAGAAGCGUGGCUGUGGUAUUAUAAAUACGUAGGACACGAAAAAUGCUCGAUAGUAGACACGUUUUGGCAAACAGAAACAGGUGGACACGUUUUGACACCUCUACCAGGAGCUACACCUAUGAAACCUGGGGCAGCGUCAUUCCCGUUCUUCGGAGUCCAAGCAGUGCUGUUAGACGAGGCUGGCAAAGAAAUUAAAGGCGAAGGUGAAGGUUACCUAGUGUUUCCUCAGCCAUGGCCGAGUUUGAUGCGCACCCUAUAUAACGACCACGAUCGAUACGAAACCACCUACUUCACGAAAUUCCCAGGAUAUUACUGCACAGGAGAUGGUGCGAAGCGAGACGCCGACGGCUACCUCUGGGUGACAGGUCGUGUAGACGACAUGUUAAACGUCAGCGGUCACCUGAUGUCCACGGCGGAGGUAGAGUCCGUCCUGACAGAGCAUCCGUCCAUUUCAGAAGCAGCUGUCGUUGCCAAAUCACAUCCUGUCAAAGGAGAAUGCCUCUACUGCUUCGUUACCACCAAUGAGCACGGAGAGUUCGACGAGAAAUUGCAAAAGGAAUUGAGGCAACUGGUCAGGGAGAGGAUAGCACCCUUUGCCAUGCCUGAUGUUAUACAGAACGCGCCUGGGUUGCCGAAAACUAGAUCUGGUAAAAUAAUGAGACGAAUCCUGAGGAAGAUAGCAGCAGGCGACCGAGAUAUAGGAGACACAAGUACGCUUGCCGACCCCGCAGUAGUGCAGCAGCUUUUCGCAACAAGACCUAUUACCGCUUAGAUUUACUAUUAUUUCAAUAAAUAUAUAAUAAAAAUUUAAACCAUGUUUUAGGGCUUUAAAUGUUCAGUAUUUAGUUUUGUUGUUGAACUAUAGAAUAUAAAUUGAAACGUU